CUGCCCAGGAGUGUUUAGAGGAGGCGGGGCUCGGUUCCUCGGGUUGUUUCUGGACCGAAUUCUGGAUCGUGUUGAGGGCAGGCUGCGGAGAGAGGUUACCUGGUGUUAGAGGCAACUUAGAUCUAAGCGAGGAGGCACAACUCGCUUGCCGUGGUUGGGAAGCCACACUGGUUGGGGUUCUGCGUGCCGAGAAGGCACGGUUCGCUAUGGGGGAGGUGGAGAUUUCCGCCCGGGCCUACGGGAAGAUGUGCCUGCACGCCUCUCGGUACCCAUACGCUGCUGUUAACGGGUUGUUGCUGGCUCCCGCGCCGCGGUCGGGAGAAUGCCUCUGCCUCACCGACUGUGUGCCCCUCUUCCACAGCCACCUGGCCUUGUCCGUCAUGCUGGAGGUUGCGCUUAAUCAGGUGGAUGUGUGGGGCGCACAGGCCGGUCUGGUAGUAGCUGGGUACUACCACGCCAAUGCUGCUUUGGAUGACCAGAGCCCCGGGGUUCUGGCCUUGAAAAUUGCCGGGCGAAUUGCAGAAGCCUUCCCUGAUGCAGUGCUUAUUAUGCUGGAUAAUACGAAAUUGGUGACUCGGCCUCGUGUCCCUCCAGUCAUUGUCCUGGAGAACCAAGGUCUUCAAUGGGUGCCUAAGGACAAGAACUUAGUGAUGUGGAGAGACUGGGAAGAGUCAAGACAGAUGGUGGGAGCUCUGCUGGAGGGCCAGGCCCACCACCACCUUGUGGACUUUGACUGCCAUCUUGAUGACAUUCGGCAGGACUGGACCAACCAGCAGCUUAACACUCAGAUCACCCAAUGGAGCGGUCCCACCAGUGGAAAUGCCUGAACCAGAGGGUCAGAGUACAAUAAAGAGAUAGGCUGUUGGGCAACCAUA